GAGCUGUGGGGAGGGUGCUGGCUGCCUGUUAUGGACUGUAAGAGGGGAGCCAGAGGAGGGGGAGAAAGAAAAGUUGGGGCUGCAAAGAGCAGAGCUUGUUAGACCGACAGAGCUGAAGGGCAACCAGGCAGGAAAGAUGAAAGUGACUUGAGGUGGUUGGAAGGGGAGGACAAAAAGCUCCUAACAAAAUGUUAAGACUAACCGGUUAGAAAAGAACUAGCCUGCAAUGAACCCUCAGAGUGGAGGAGAGUGGUCUGUGUGGAGGAGGCAGGCGUGGGAUGCAGGGACAAAUCGGAUGGAAUGAGAGAGCAAGCUUUGAAAUGAGGGCAAUAAAGAGCAAAAGGCUGUAGUGGCUGCAGGGUGCUUGCCCACACUGUUUCCCGAGGCAGGAGUGAGUUAGAACUUGGUGAAUUCACCACUCACCGUUACAUUCAUCUGCUGAUACUGGUUUGGUCAUUGCAAAAUACCAUUCCUCCUUUUAUUUUUCUUCUUUUCACGAGACUUGAGUCUAUCAGUGCAAGGUGAUCCCUGGCUCCAGGAGUGAGCCAGAGCUCUGUAGUGUGGGAGGAUUUAGGCAGUCUUUUACUUUGUGAAACGUGGAGCUUGUGGGUUUAACAAACCAUCUGCUUGCAAGAAGAGGAUGAAUCCUCUUGUUGCUGAAAGCAGAAGAGCUUGGAAAACUAAUUUCUGGCUGUGUCACUGCUAUCUCCUCUCCUCAAGAGGAAGAACUGUUCUGGAGAUGAGACCAGAGUGCUCUAAUGCUGCCAAACCGAACAUUUGUAUUGUACAAAUCACUUCUGCUACUCAGAAGCAGCAAGAAUGUCUCUUGUGCUGUGCUGAAUUCCCCAAGUCUUGUAGCCCGUGCAAACCAAGAGGGAACCACAGAAAAGGAUGCAGGGUGGCAUGAGCUGGCAAAAGGCAGGUCUUGGCUGGCAUAGUCAGUACUUCUGGAUGGAAAAGUGAACCCACUGAGGUCCAAGAGGGCAGUGUGGGUAUUUUGAAUGGUCGGGUGCUUCUGCUGAACAAAGUGCAGAUGGAGCUUUAAUGUCCGAGUAUUCCAACGCUUCCUGAAGCAUCUGCUGCAUCACACAACCAUGCCAAUGGAGAAAGGACUGGACAGUUCCCAGCCCAACUUAUCAGGGCGUGAUAUGAAAAUAACACUUUCACUUGCGCUGGUAACACUGAUCUCUGCCUUCGGAUCAUCUUUCCAGUACGGCUACAACGUGUCUGUGAUCAAUUCUCCAGCCCCGUACAUGCAAGACUUCUACAACAAAACGUACACAGACAGGCAUGGGGUCUUUAUGGACAAGAGCUUCCAGACGCUGCUCUGGUCUCUCACCGUGUCCAUGUACCCUCUGGGUGGCUUCUUCGGGUCCCUCAUGGUGGGGCCUCUGGUCAACAACUGCGGCCGAAAGGGCACCCUGCUGAUAAACAACCUCUUCUCCAUUGUUGCUGCAGUCCUUAUGGGAACCUCAGAGAUAGCGAAAACCUUUGAAGUAAUCAUCCUUUCACGUGUUAUCAUGGGGAUUUAUGCUGGUCUGGCCUCCAACGUGGUUCCCAUGUUCCUGGGAGAAAUGGCCCCCAAAAAUCUGAGAGGUGCUAUUGGGGUUGUGCCCCAGCUUUUCAUCACCAUUGGGAUCCUCAUAGCUCAGAUCCUUGGUCUCAACAGCAUCCUUGGGAAUGUUGAAGGCUGGCCUGUGCUGCUGGGGCUCACUGGGAUCCCAUCAGUAAUUCAGCUCCUCACAUUGCCAUUUUUCCCUGAAAGUCCCAGAUAUCUGCUGAUACAGAAGGGCAAUGAAGAGCAAGCACGACAAGCUCUGCAGAGACUGAGAGGCUGGGAUGAUGUGGAUGAUGAGAUAGAAGAAAUGCGCCUAGAAGACCAGUCAGAAAAGGAAGAAGGACAGCUGUCUGUACUCACCCUCUGCACCUUCAGGGGCUUGCGGUGGCAACUCAUCUCUAUUGUCGUCAUGAUGAUGGGCCAGCAGCUCUCGGGGGUUAACGCGGUCUUCUACUACGCGGACAGGAUCUUCCAGUCAGCAGGUGUGGAAACCAAUAACGUGCAGUAUGUCACCGUGUCGAUAGGUGCCAUCAACGUUGUCAUGACUUGCCUCGCUGUUUUCAUCGUGGAGUCCUUAGGGAGGAGAAUACUGCUCCUCGCUGGCUUUGGCUUGUGCUGUGGCUCCUGUGCGGUGCUGACCUUGGCCCUCAACCUCCAGAACACUGUCUCCUGGAUGUCUUACCUCAGCAUAGUGUGUGUCAUUCUUUACAUCAUCGGACAUGCUAUUGGAGCCAGCCCGAUCCCCUUUGUGAUGAUCACCGAGAUGUUCCUGCAGUCGUCCCGGCCUGCUGCCUUCAUGGUCGGUGGGUCCGUGCACUGGCUGUGCAACUUCGCCGUGGGGCUCUUGUUCCUCUACAUGGAGGCUGGACUGGGAGCCUACAGCUUCCUCAUUUUCUGUGCCAUAUGCCUCGUCACCAUGGUUUACAUCUUCUUUGUUGUUCCUGAGACGAAGAACAAAACCUUCAUGGAAAUCAACAGGAUCAUGGCCAAGAGGAACAAGGUAGAGAUUCAGACAGAGAAAGAAGAGCUCAUGGAUAUCCACACCAUCCCAGCUGGGCAGGCAGAGAAGAAAGAAAUCUCCAACAGCGAUCUGUGAACACAAACUAACGUUUGGCCUGGUCCAGGCACUUUUCAGGAUCUGCUCAGUGGGAGAAGUGGCUUGAUACUGAUCUUUCAUCCAGACUUUCUGCACACUUCCCACAGCAAGAGUUUCUAAAUAAGCCAUUAUUGUGUCUUAA